AUGACUCUUGUUGUGCUCCUUCUAAAUGCACCACCAAAAGGAUACGAGCCACAACCUCCAUACAUGACCACAAGAAAAGAACAGACAAUCUUGACGGAGGCUGCGGCCGAGAUAGAAGAAUUCGCCACACAUCCCAUUGAAGGAGACCGCAAGCUGAGCCUCAAUGACAAGCAAAAGGAUCCACUGCCAAAACGACUGACCAAAAGCAAGGCGGGUAAGGAGGGUAUCUCUGAGACACUUUAUGGGAACAAUUUACUUGAUCUGUCAGUGGCUGAGUCAGACCCAGCGGCGGAGGACGAAGAUGAGAAGAGGAAGACGAGGCAGCAACAGCGUGAGGUAGCGGCAGAGGACGAAGAUGAGAAGAGGAAGACGAGGCAGCAACAGCGUGAGGUAGCGGCAGAGGACGAAGAUGAGAAGAGGAAGACGAGGCAGCAACAGCGUGAGGUAGCGGCAGAGGACGAAGAUGAGAAGAGGAAGACGAGGCAGCAGCAGCGUGAGGUAACGGUGGAGGACGAAGAUGAGAAGAGGAAGACGACGCAGCAGCACUGUGAGGUAGCGCCGGAGGACGAAGAUGAGAAGAGGAAGACGAGGGGAGCCCAGACGUGA